CAGAAUGUGAGAGGGACCCUUGUCAGCCUCAUUCAGGAGAGGGAUCUGGAGCGCUCCAGGAGGAAUCUGGCGAUCCAGGCACCCCCCCUCUCGACCUGCAGAGACACGGGGGGGGGGGAAAACCCCAUCUCGACACCAGUAAGUGGGAGUGCGGGUUGGAUUAUCUCUGUCCCAUCUCUCGUCUGGAUGGGAGGACGCGAGGCGCAGGUGCCUGGGGUUUGCGGUUUUGCUUGUCUGUCGUGGCAUUUUAACGUCAAGAGAAGACAGACCACGGGAGACGCCACAUCUUGUCACAUCUGAGCGCUCCGCGCUAUCGACGCGGGCUCUGAGCCGAGCCUCCAAGCCGCGGUCAUCCCGGUAUCGGGAUGGAUGAGUACGGACUAUUCAAUUCAAGCCUUGAAUAUUAUGACCUGUGGUUUUCAAACUACACUUAUGAGAACUACACAGAUGCAGAUGUGUUUGUCAACCAUGCCCACUCAUUGACUCCGGCAGCCAUCUUGGCCCUAGUCAUGUACGCCCUCACCUUCAUCCUCGGCGCCCCUGGCAACACAGCGGUCAUCUGGGUGGCGGGUUUUCGGAUGAAGCGGACUGUGAACACCGUGUGGUUCCUGAACCUGGCGGCCGCCGACCUGGCCUACUGCCUGUCGCUGCCCUUCCAGAUCGCCAACGUCGCCCUCGGCAACCGCUGGCCUGCCACGACUCCCCUGUGCCGGCUCCUCCCCUCGGCCAUCCUGCUCAACAUGGCGGCCAGCGUCUUCCUGCUAACCGUCAUCAGCGUGGACCGCUGCCUGGCCGUCACGCUGCCCGUCUGGUCGCAGCGCUGGCGAACGCUAGGCUGGGCCUGGGCAGCCUGCGCCGCGGCCUGGGCCCUGGCGAGCCUCAUGUGCCUGCCCGCCCUCCUCCACCGCCGGGUGUCGCCCCUGACGUCCACCUGCACCGCCAACUAUGCCGGGGCGGGGGUCAUUCGCCUGGUGGAGGUGUCGCGGGCCCUGGUGGCCUUCGCCCUCCCUUUCCUGGUCAUGGCGGCCUGCUACCUGAUGAUCGGCCUGAGGGUGCGUCGCGCCAGUUUCGGCAAGUCCCAGUGGCGCCCCCUGCGACUGAUCCUGACGGUGGUGCUGGCCUUCUUCGUCUGCUGGCUCCCCUACCACGUCUUCGGCCUACUCCAGGCUUUUGGCGACUAUCAGGCCAUCCGGGCCUGGGACUACGUCACCGUGGGCCUGGCGUCGCUCAACAGUGCCCUCAACCCCCUGCUGUACGUCUUCGCCGGGCGGGACGUCCGUCAGCGGGCACGGAGAUCCCUGGGCACCACCUUACGCCGGGCCCUCAGCGAGGAGGCCUCGUCCCAGACGUUGCGCAGCACUCGAUUGAAGAGCCGCAGCAGCAUGGACAACAGCUUCUGAUGCCUCCCAUGCCUCGCUACAGCUUCACAUGGGAAACUACACCCUCUCCCCCUUUCUCACCGCGUAAAUGCCAACCUGGGGGCCAUUUGCCAAUGGUUUCUCUCCUGAAUAAGCUGAGAAAUUAACACGAUUGCGCCAACACUCACCUGGUUCGAGCGCGGAAGGAUGAAAGCGUCUUUUUUGAAUUCGUUCACGAGAUGAGGGCUCGGCCUAGUGUUUGUUGCCUGUCCCCUGUCACCCACAUUGCUGCGUGGGUCCGCUGUCGCGUAUAGGCCGGACCAGGCGAGGACGGCCGUUUCCAUCCCUAGAAAGUGGGCCUCUCCAACAUCCCGUUGGAGCCGCGAGUUCCCAGAUCCUUACGAUCCGCCCUCGCGGGAUUUGAAGCUGGGACCCCCGGAACAUCCCCUGAGUUUUCUCGACGGACAGUCCGAUGGUCGGCUUCCCCGUCCUUGCCCUGGCCCGAGGUCUCAUUUCGGGCGGAGCAGAAACAGGCUCUCGGUCCUGAACUCGGCCACUUCCCGUUCCCUUGGAGGCGGAGUGAAGCCGCUUAAACGUUCUGGAAGCUUCUGACUCGGUCAGUGAGUCCCACCAGCCUCUGCUCGGAACUGUUUGGUUCCUCCCAACUUACUAGGCCCAAGGAGGAGGCCUAGUAGUACCAUCAUCGGCUGUGUUGAUCCAAAGACCCUGGGAAUGUUCCGGGGCUCCUUUACCCUCAACAGCAACGUCGUGGGAUCUCAAAUUCAAUAAAUUAAAGUCUAGAACUAAGAAUCUUAUGAUGAUUGUUGGAAAAAUCCAUCUGAAUCCCUUUAGGGAGGGACAAGGCCAUCCUUACCCGGUCUGGCCUACUCUAGACCCACAGCAAUAUGGCUCACCUUUAAUUAGUGAGAAAACCGGCCUAGCCAGCAUCCGGUCAAUGUUAUUUUUUAACAAAACGUGGGGGCACAGGGAGAGUUCGGGGUCGGCCAUUCAGGCCCUGCUCUGCCAGUGAGUAUAAUCAAUCCUGUUCUCCCACCUCCACCCACCCCCCAACAUCCCUUGAAGGCUUCAGCAAUUCGAGACACAAGUGUUCGCCUCAGGGUGGGCGUAGAUUUGAUGGCGAAACGGCAAGGGAGCUGGGACAGAGUUUCCCCAACGGUGGGGGCAUUGAGAUCGGCUGACCCCAGGGAUGAUGGGGGCCUGGCUUCGGAGGAGAGGGCGGGCACA